CAGAAAUCUUGCGUGCGUUGCAAUUUCAUGACACGUAAUUACUGACUGCGUGUGAAUCGAAGAGACUGGGCCUGCUACGUCACCCACAACCUGUCACGUGACUUAAAGCAGGAGAACAAAAUGGCGGCCGAGAUGACUUGAUUCCAACUUGUUUGUUUGUUUCCGAAAAACUAUGAUUAUUUCACUGUCUUGAAAGUAGUGGAUAAAAGGCCGAUCGCUGCCAAGGAUAGUUCUAAAGAAACGCCAUGUACGAAAACACUAAGACGCAAAAUAUGUUCCUUACACGGGCUUUGGAGAAGAUACUCAAUGACAAGGAGACCAAAAAAUCCUAUCACCAGCAGUUGAAGAAAGCCUGCGAGGUUGCAUUAGAGGAAAUUCAUAAAUCUCAAGUAGCUGUUAUUGCAGAUGGCAGUGAUGAGAGUCCAUCAUCAGCUCUGCCUCCUCCUAAAGGAAAGCAACCCUUUAUUGAAGCAGACAAAUAUUUUUUACCAUUUGAACUUGCUUGUAAAUCCAAGUGCCCUCGUAUAAUUGUCACAGCACUCGACUGUCUGCAGAAACUUAUUGCUUAUGGUCAUCUUGCUGGCGACAUUCCAGACAGUACUGAACCCGCCAAGAGGCUGCUAGACCGUAUAGUGGAGACUAUUUGUAGCUGUUUUGUGGGAGUGCACACUGACGAAGGAGUUCAGCUUCAGAUUAUUAAGGCUUUGCUCACUGCUGUAACUUCGAAUUCUUGUGAAGUUCAUGAAGGAACACUCUUGCAGGCUGUACGGACCUGUUACAAUAUUUACCUGGCCAGCCGUAACCUUACUAACCAAAGAACUGCCCAGGCUACACUCAGCCAGAUGAUAAGUGUUAUUUUUCAAAGGAUGGAAGCUCAAGCAGCAGCAGAGGAGGAGUCAAAAGAAACAGAGCCAGACACCACAUCUGUCCAGACAGCUUCUACCCCCACCCCCUCAGAGACGACAGAGCCACAAUCUCCUGACAGACUUGCUACUGUGUCAUCAAACUUGGAUAAUCCUGCUUCUGACUCUGUGGUAGAGGACCAUGAGCCAAAGAGUGUGAACACUGACAAUGACAGGACCGAGGAAGAAAGUAAUCAAACCGAUGAUGUGGAUGAGGGUGUUGAUCUGCAAGCUGAUGAACAGCUUGAAGAUGGCACAAAGGGAUCUUUAGAGGAAUGCAAAGGAGAAACAGGAGCCUCAAGUUCAACUGAUGGUGGUAAUAACAGUAUAGCGGAGUCUACUGAGCAGGAUGGGGCAGAUAAGGCUGAAGUAGAUGCAGAGAGUGCAGGUAAAACUAUAUCCCAGAAUGGUACAGAUGGCAAGGAGGACACUGUGAAAGACAACACAAGUGAAGUGACUGCUGACAGCAUUCCUGUUGUUGGUGAUGAGGAUUCUGAUAAGGCUGAAGAACCAAGCAAGCUUGAGCAAAUCAACACUGACAAUCCUUCAGAUCAAACCAUUCUAGCAAAUGGUGACAUGAGUGAAAGUAGUCCAGAAAAGCCAAACAUCAAUGGACUUCCACAGUAUGACCUCCAGGUACCCUCAACACCAACAGAAACAUCGUCACCUAUGUCUGAUGAGCUAGGAGACACUCACAGUGAAUCAGGAACUGAAGCAGAAGGAAGUGCGUCAUCAACUUCUGUCAACAGUCAAGGAGGAGGAGCUGUCAAGUUUUCUCACAUCACGCAGAAAGAUGCAUUUCUAGUGUUUAGAUCCUUGUGUAAACUUUCCAUGAAGCCACUGUCUGAUGCGCCAUUGGAUCCUAAGUCCCAUGAGUUAAGAUCCAAGAUUCUGUCUCUGGAAUUGAUGCUUUCUUGUCUUCAGAAUGCAGGACCAGUGUUCUGUACUCAUGAGAUGUUUGUAACAGCCAUUAAACAAUAUCUUUGUGUUGCAUUGUCAAAGAAUGGUGUUUCCUCUGUUCCUGCUGUGUUUGAAUUAUCAUUGGCUAUCUUCCUUACAUUGCUGUCAUCAUUCAAAACUCAUCUCAAGAUGCAGAUUGAGGUGUUCUUUAAAGAGAUCUUUCUUAACAUCUUGGAGACCUCAACCAGUUCAUUUCAACACAAAUGGAUGGUGAUGCAGGCGCUGACGAGAAUAUGUUCAGAUGCCCAGUGUGUUGUUGAUAUUUACCUCAACUACGACUGUGACCUGUCACUGUCCAACAUCUUUGAACGACUAACAAGUGACUUGGCCAAGAUAGCUCAAGGAAGACAAGCAAUAGUGCUAGCUGCAACUCCAGUGCAAGAGAAGAGUAUGCGUCUUAAAGGUCUGGAGUGUUUAGUGUCCAUACUAAAGUGCAUGGUGGAGUGGAGCAGAGAGCUUUAUUUAAACCCUCACUCCCAUGUGGCUAGCUCCUCAGAUACACCAACACCAGGUGUAAAGAGGAAAGGCAGUAUGAGUGAAGCAGAUGCUGAGGAGGCAGGAGAUCAUAUCAAUUUGCCAGAAGAUCGUAUCAGUCUCGGUUCAGAGCUCAAGUCAUUUGGUGGAAGCCAGGGCUCGUUGAAUUCUACAUCAACAGCGUCAACUGUGGCACCAGACAACCCUGAGCAGUUUGAGUCCCUGAAACAGAUGAAAGGAUUGAUGGAGCAGGGAAUUGAAAAAUUUAACAAGAGUCCAAAGAAAGGAAUAAAGUACCUUCAAGAUAAUGGCCUCCUGGGACCUGAACCAGAUGAUGUUGCUGAGUUUUUACACACAGAUGAAAGACUAGACAAAACACAAGUUGGAGAGCUGAUUGGAGACCAUGACCUGUUCAGUAGAGAGGUGAUGUAUAGCUACAUCGACAAAUUCAACUUUACGGACAUGGACUUUGUGUCAGCCUUGCGCUUGUUUUUAAACAACUUCCGACUUCCAGGAGAAGCUCAGAAAAUUGAUCGGCUCAUGGAGAAGUUUGCCAGCAGAUAUCUUGAAACUAACCCCACGUGUUCCCUUGAGAAAAUACAUUAUUGUUGUUUGUCUUACUGGCGCACCUUUCUUCCUUGUUUAGACCUUCAGAAUGAAAAACAAAGAAGACUUCUUUACUACCAAGAAAUGGAACAAAUGGCUCAAACAGCAAAGACAUUGAUUGAAGGAGUGAGUCAGAUUCAAACCACAUUCACAUCUGCUACUCAUGUGGAGCACAUCAGACCAAUGUUUAAGGUUACAUGGAGUCCAUUUCUGGCAGCAUUUAGUGUGAACUUACAGCACUGUGAUGAUCAGCAAGUGGCCUCACUGUGUUUGGAUGGCAUACGAUGUGCAAUCAGAAUCGGAUGCAUAUUUGGAAUGCAGCUUGAGCGUGACAGCUUUGUCCAGGCUCUUUCUCGGUUCACGCUCUUGACAGCAACAGCAGGAUUACAAGAAAUAAAGACAAAGAACAUUGACACAAUCAAGACACUUAUAACUGUAGCACAGACAGAUGGAAACUAUCUUGGCAGGGCGUGGCAUGAGAUACUCAAGUGUAUAUCUCAGCUUGAGCUAGCCCAGCUUAUUGGAACAGGCGUCAAGAGUAUGGGUCCCGCAGGAGUGGUGGGGCAAGGCAUUUCCACCCCAGUAUCCAUGGGCACCACCGGUCUAGUACCCUCCCAUGAUCCCAAGAAAAUUCAAUAUAUUCAAGAAACAGUUGGUGAAACGAGUUCUCAGAGUGUUGUGGUUGCCGUGGACAGAAUAUUUACGGGAUCCACUAAACUGGAUGGAGAUGCAAUUGUGGACUUUGUUCAAGCUCUAGGAGCGAUCUCAUCAGAUGAACUCGCGAACCCUACACACCCUCGAAUGUUCAGUUUACAGAAAAUAGUCGAAAUAUCUUAUUACAACAUGAACCGGAUCAGGCUGGAGUGGUCCAGAAUAUGGGCUGUGCUAGGAGACCACUUUAACAAGUGUGGUUGUAAUCCCAAUGAAGAUGUGGCGUUUUUCUGUGUGGAUUCCUUGCGUCAACUCGCCAUGAAGUUCUUGGAGAAAGGCGAGCUACCUAACUUCCGCUUCCAGAAAGAUUUCCUCCGACCCUUUGAAUAUAUAGUCAAGAAGAAUAGGUCAGCUACUAUUCGUGACAUGGUAGUCCGCUGUGUAGCACAAAUGGUACAUUCGCAGGCUCAUAACAUCAAGUCCGGCUGGAAAAACGUGUUCUCAGUGUUCCAUUUAGCUGCUUCUGACGAGGACGAAGGGAUAGUGGAACUCGCCUUUCAAACUACUGCUACCAUAUUCGAGAAAUACUUUUCGGCUACGAUUGAUUCAUUCCAAGACGCUGUCAAGUGUUUGUCAGAGUUCGCGUGCAACGCUUCAUUUCCUGACACCAGCAUGGAGGCCAUAAGACUCAUCAGGAACUGUGCUAAGCAUGUCUACGAGAACCCUGAGAUGUUCAAGGAGCAUAGUAGCGAGGAUGGUGGAGUUCCAGAGGCCGACAAGGUCUGGGUCAAAGGCUGGUUCCCAGUUCUCUUUGAGUUGUCGUGUAUUAUCAACAGGUGUAAGCUGGAUGUUAGAACAAGAGGAUUAACCGUGAUGUUUGAAAUCAUGAAGAGUUAUGGGCACACGUUUCAGCAGCACUGGUGGAGAGAUGUGUUCAGAGUAGUGUUUAGGAUUUUUGACAACAUGAAAUUACCAGACCAACAAGUCGACUGGUCAGAGAAGUCAGAGUGGAUGACGACAACAUGUAAUCACGCGCUGUACGCGGUGGUUGAUGUUUUCACACAGUACUUUGAAGUGUUGUCUGAUGUCCUGCUAGAAGACAUGUUCUCUCAUUUGUUGUGGUGUGUUCAGCAAGAUAACGAGCAGCUCGCGAGGUCUGGUACCAACUGCCUGGAGAACCUGGUGGUUUCUAACGGUUCUCAGUUCUCCUCCGAUAUGUGGCAAAGGGCGUGUCGUUGCAUCCGGGACAUAUUCACGUCGACCGUGCCCAGUGAGCUUCUAACAUGGCGACCGGAAGUGCAUACUAUGGGUUUACCCACCCCAGAAUCCACACCCGCUCACAGCCCUACACUGACUCCUGCCCAGGGACACUCGUUCGACAAUAAAUCCGUUGAUAUGGAAGUGAGGCCGGAACAUGACAUUGUUCCUCGUCUGGAGGAAGACGGAGAUGAAUGGGGAAUGGAUACAUUGAGAGAGGGAAAACACGCCGACACCGCUGAGGAUGCACUGCAGGCUCAGGAGUCAGAAAGUACCAGUAAAAACACACUUUCUGUGGUUCAAGUGGAAUCCACAGAAGGAUUGCCUCACCACUACGAUACUCCAGAGGAACUAUUUACUUCUCUGUUGAUUCGCUGUGUUGUCCAACUCGAGCUUAUCCAGACUAUUGACAACAUUGUGUUUUUUCCGGCUACAAGUCGACGAGAAGACGCCGAGAAUCUGGCUUUAGCUCAGUCUGGGGAUAAGUCCCGUGGCCGCCUGGAUAGUUCACUGAGUGAGUCAGCUGUAGGUGCAGGGAUGUAUCCGUUUCUCAGCUCCUCACAGCUUCUCCUGUUCGUUGGCUGUUUAGAGGAAUCCCAUCAGUUCGCCAAGUCAUUCAAUGCUAAUAACGAGCAGAGAACGUUCCUCAUGAAAGCGGGUUUUAAGGGCAAAUCCAAGCCAAACCUUUUGAAGCAAGAGACUUCAAGCUUGGCUUGUAUGUUGAGGAUUCUGUUCAAAAUGUAUGGCGACGAAGAAAGAAAAGAUUCAUGGCCAGAAGUUGAACAACGAUCAGUCAGAAUAUGUAAAGAUGCACUGUAUUAUUUUCUAUCCCUGGAGUCUUCCAGUCACCGGGAUGCCUGGACAUCUCUUUUAUUGCUGCUCUUGAACAGACUUUUGAAGCUUGACGACGAUCGGUUCAAGACCCACAUUUCUCAGUAUCACCCACUGCUGUGUAACAUGCUCUUGGUGGACAGCAAACUGGAGCUGCGCUCCGUUCUCAGACGUGUCUUCCAGCGCGUAGGAUCCACGUUUGGCAUCUUUGAAAUAACCGAGUCCAGUUGACGUGUCUUAAAAUUCAACUCAAUUUAAUCCAAAUAAGAUGCUAAGACUUGUAAGAAGUUAAAACUUCCCUACGUAAUUUUGAAUUCUGAGUCGUUAAUUCGUUUUAACAGCAAGCGCCAAAAGCUAAAAUAGUCGAUAUAUAUCUGUCAGUACCGAUGUCAAUUAAGGACAGACCAAUAAGAAGCCAUUUGAGACGAGAAGUUGCCACAGUCAUCCAUGAGUAUCUCUCUGAGGGGUGUACUUCGCAUGUACUGCAUAACUUUUGGUAUAAAAUAAAGGGAAUUGUUCCACCGAGUUGAUAUUUUUCCUAUAUGAACAAGGUUGAUUGAGAGUAAAACUCUCCGCUCUCUCAGAUGAAUGCACUCUGGAAGUUGAAUCCCGCUUUGCACGUCAAAGUUGUUAAAUUGGCGUUGCCUAGCGGCGUUGAAACAACUGAUAAUAGGAUAAUCUACUUUGUUUCGAUUGUUACUAGUGAGAACGAAAAUGAGAGAAAAUUUUUCUGCAUUGCUGUAUUCUAUUGGUCAAAUUACAAAAUGUAACCUACUUUAUGAUCAGUCCCGUGAUGCAAUUUUCCUAUUAUACUUUUUCUUAUAGUCUGACGAGUAGUUACAACUCAAUACAAGGUAAUGUUUGCUAAGGGUUUAAUUAGAAGUAGAUUUUCUGUGAUGAAGUAAUAUUUAACGUUGUAUUAACAAUUGUUACUUUUUAUGUAGAUUUUUACCUUAAGUCAAAUUGGAAGUAACCUUGCGUAAAUACUCCACAAAAAGGAAGUAUUCAAAUUUCUUUUGAUGCGGCUGUAUUCUCGAGCAACAAAAACGAGAGAUUUUAGGAUGCGCGUUCUUGUUUUGUAUGAAAAUUAAAUUGAAGAAGUUCUCGUGAAUCGAAUAGUGGUACGAACAAAUAUCUCAUUCCCUAGGCAUUUAACGACCUGUAUAGAAAGUGGAACGAAAAAAUGUGAGAUGGAAAUUUCGUAAUAAACACAAUUUUCUGUACA